AAUUAUAUAUGUGCCCAGAUAAGGUAUGUAGCUUUAUUUUAAGCAAAGUUAGAGCCAUAUCUAUAUGGCUAGUUGUUCCAUGUGUCAGCGUGGUCAAAGAUAUUACUGCAAUGGUGCACAUAUUUCAAGAGCAAUUUCUAAACUGCAGCUAAUGGACAAAUUCUAAAACUUUAGGAUCUAUUUGGUCUUCAUGAAUUCAUUGUAUCCAGUGUAAAUAAUGGCUUGAUCUGUUAGAUUGCCUAACAACGAACCUUUGACUCCUAAUCUAUAUAUUUAACAAUGGCGACCUCCGAAGCAACGCGUACGAACCUAGGUUCAGGACUAGAGGUGGAUAACCUAUGUUUAGGACCAAUUGUUGAAUAUUUUGUUUGUUUAAGAAAUUUUAGGAGAGGAAACAGAAGUGCUAGAAGGCAGUACAAUGAUGCUUUAAUGGAUUUAAUAUUAAUAUCACCAAAAAAAUCGCUAAAGUUUAUAAAAUCUUCGAUAACAUUCGCAGCUCUCAUAAAUGUUAUGCUAUUAGUCUCAGAUUUUAAAAUCAUGAAAUUUGACAACACGCUGUGCUUAAGAUGCAUCCGAAUUAUGAAGUUGUGGUUAUAUACUUACCGUUCCCUGCUUUUUCUGCAGCUUAUCAUUAGAUCACUUUUUAUUUAUAUUUUUACCAGGUUAUCAAACAGAACAUAUCAAGAGAUCACAUACUGCAUGUCCGUUGUAACAAACGGUCGAGGAUGGAGUUGGAGCAAAGCUUUGACAUCGUUCAGUUAUGUUUGGUAUGCCAUUGGAAUUAUGCUGUAUAAAUUUCCAACGUUUUGUAAUAAGAGAUGGCUUUAUCAGCUCAUUUUUUAUGUCAUUAUGGCAAACGUCAUUCGUUUUAUUUUUACGGUCGUACUCUACUAUUUCACAUUUCCCCCGGUAUCUACUUAUACAAGAUCAAAUCACUUCAAAUCGGUAACAUUUCCCGAGGUUCAGUUCAAAGAUGCAGUCAAUAAUAGAUCAACUGUUUGCGGAAUUUGUCUGGAUUCCUUUCAAGACUCAGAUAAAUUGAGGGUGUUCAACUGUCAGCAUGGUUAUCACUCCGCGUGUAUAGAUCUAUGGCUCUUAAAGAGCGCUUUAUGCCCACUUUGUAUGAAGAGGGUUUGUUAGUUUAUCAUUUGAAUUUUUGUCCCCCU